AUGAGUUUCGAUAAUUUUAGAACUCCUAUGAAAAAUAGGCUCCAUUCGUUAGUCCUUGGCCAGAAUGGUGGGUUUGAAGCAAGCCCUGGCAGAAAAAUCACCGUCCCUGCAUCACCGUCAUUAGAAAGAUUAGGCUAUGGAACAGGAGUUAGCGUUUAUCUGAUGGAAAGGGCCCCUAUUUCUGGGGGUGGUUAUCGCUCUCCAUGGGCAGUUAAAAAGGUGGCAAAGCGAUUUGCCAAUCAAGAACACCAGGAUUUUAGUAAGCGUUUACUGGAAGAGGCAGACAUCCUCAAGAAACUGGAACAUCCAAAUAUUAUUGGUUUCAGGACACUAACCAAAGCAGUAGAUGGAACCUGGUGUCUGGCAAUGGAAAAAGCUGAGAAUUGCUUGAUGGACCUCAUUGAACAACGUUUGGACAGCAGGGCUGGCCCAUUCCCACCACACCAAAUUAAAUGUGUUGGUAUUGAUAUUGCCAGGGCCCUAGAGUAUCUACACACAGAGAAGCUGUUGAUGCAUGGUGAUAUGAAAAGUGGCAACAUACUCAUUUUUGGGGAUUUUAAAGUGGCCAAACUGUGUGAUUUUGGCGUUGCUAUGGCACUCAAGGAAGCCAAUGGCCAAGCCAAACCAGAUCAGUUUUAUAUCGGAACUCAGGCGUGGUCUGCUCCAGAAGUAAUCGACAUGGACGGAAGCUUUGAGAACGACGAAGCCGUCAUUACCUGCAAGGCCGAUAUAUUUUCUUAUGGUUUGACCAUUUGGGAGAUGCUCAGCCUUUGUGUGCCUCACGCCGAUUUGCUGCAAGAUGAAGAAGAAGAUGAAGAAGACGAUGAAAAAUCUUAUGGAUCGGAUUGCCCUGACUUGGCCUACCAAGAAGCUCUGGGAACUCGACCUCCAUUGCCAGACCUUCCAGAAGUGCCCGAUUACAGCACUGCCAUUGCCGUUUUCAUCGCCACCACUGAAUACGAUCCUGAAAAGAGACCGCUAGCUUCGGAGGUCAUGAACAUCUGGAAUCUUUCAAAUUAGAUGGCGCCUCAUGUGAAACAGAGAUAAAAUUUCCCCUAUUUUUGUACUCAUAUUUUCCAAUUUUCUUUUCCCGAAAAUAUUUCGUUGCUGUUUGUUUGUGUAAUAGUUAUAUGUUGGUCGCGUAAAUAAUGAAACCAGCGAUCGAUCUCA